AUGAACGAUGCUACAGCGCAGAUGGGUGUUCAAUUUGGACAGCACAUGGCAGCCGUCGGCGGGGAGUAUGUUCAGAAGAAUUUCAAUGCUCUGCUUCCCAUGCCCGUUCUCAAACACUACUUCAACGUCUCGAACUCGUACGUACUGCACAAGUUGAGGAUCGUGCUCUUCCCAUGGCGACACAAACCGUGGUCUCGAGCACAUCGACACUCUGCCGGUGGUGGAGGUGUCGGUUCAGCCUACACUGAAGCCCCCUCGGGUGUCAAGACCGCUUCUUCGGGAGCCGAAGGAUUCCUCCCACCACGCGACGACGUCAACUCGCCCGACCUGUACAUACCCACCAUGGCGUUCGUCACCUACAUCAUCGUCACCUCGGUCAUCCUCGGUCUCGAAUCCCGCUUCCACCCCGAAGUUCUCGGCCUGCGCGCUUCACGAGCCCUAGCGAUCAUCCUCGUCGAACUCUCGGCCAUCAAACUCGGCACUUAUCUGCUGAACAUCCAAGGCGAUCACACCAUGAUGGAUCUCCUCGCCUAUUCCGGGUAUAAGUUCGUCGGUACGCUGAUCACCUUGUUGGUCGGGCUGAUGAAGGUGAGAGGGCUGGUGUACUGGAGCGUGUUUCUGUACUGCUUUGCGGCGAACGCAUUCUUCUUGCUGAGGAGUCUGCGGUAUGUCGUGCUGCCGGAUCCCAGUAGCCCGAGCAGUCAGACGAUCACGCAUGCGCAGAGGUCGAGGAGGAUCCAGUUUCUGUUUUGUAUUGCCGUGGUGCAGAUCGUGUUUGGCUGGGCGUUGAUCGUCGGUAUUUUCAAGGAGCCGGCGGUGGUGAAGAAGUUGGUGUAG